CCCCCGCUUUCAAUCGCCAACGUAACCAAAUAAACAAAAAAAUCAUUCGAAAAUUUUCUGACACAAAUCCUCCCAAACCCAAAAAUUGUGAGUAAUGAAGCAAACCUCCGACCAGUAAGUAAGAAAAUGGCACUUCGCAUAAUCGGGCACCUCCUCAAGGCCCCGCGCCACCUCCUGGUGCGCCGCUACACGUCGGGAGGCGUGGGCUGCGGCCAGCAGAACAAGGACGACGACCCCUGCAAGGCCCACCUGAACAAGGGCCUCGUCCUCGGCAUCUACACCAACCCGGACGACCCCCUGGACCCCGGCAAGCUCACCCCCACCGGCGAGCGCUACAACCGCCUGGUCUGCAACCGCCUCAUCGACCUCCUGCGCUACGCCGGCCCCCCGCCCACCAAGGGCCAAGUGCGCAUCUUCUACAACCUGGAGAACGAGAUCAGCUCGGUGGCCGUCGUCGGCCUGGGCAAGGAGUGCCAGGGCUACGACGUCUUCGAGCAGAUGGACGAGGGCAAGGAGUCCAUCCGCAUAGCGGCGGCCGCCGGCUGCCGCGCCCUCCAGGACCUGCGCGCCACCAAAAUCUUCGUCGAAAGCUUCGGACACGCGGAGAGCUCCGCCGAAGGCGCCGCCCUCGGGGUGUGGCUCUUCCAGGAGAAGAAGCAAAAGGAGCACCAACUCUUGAUCCCCCAGCUGGAGCUAUGGGACGACUGUGAUUGGACGGGCUGGCAGAUCGGGCUCCAGAAAGCCGCCGCCCAGAACCUCGCCCGCCAAUUGAUGGACACCUCGGCCAACUACAUGACGCCCACUUCGUUCGCCCAAAACGCCGUCGAGGUUCUCUGCAAAUCGGGCGUGAACGUCGAGGUGAAAGUCCGCGGGUGGGCGGAGACUCAGAAGAUGUUCGCCUUCCUGGCAGUGGCGCAAGGCUCAUGCGAACCGCCCAUUUUCCUCGAGUUGAGCUACUACGGGGCGGCGCGUGACGAGCGCCCCGUCGUUCUGAUUGGCAAAGGCAUCACGUACAACAGCGGUGGGCUGUGCCUGAAGCCGUGCGGCAAGCAGGAGAAGAUGCGGGGGGACAUGGGCGGGGCCGCGUGCGUGGUCGCCGCAUGCCGGGCGGUGGCCGGCCUCCAGCUCCCCCUCAACAUCCGUGCCCUCAUCCCCCUCUGCGAGAACAUGCCCGGGUGCGCGGCCAUGCGGCCGGGGGACAUCGUCAAGGCCAUGAACGGCAAAAGCAUCAAAAUCGAGUCGACGGACACGGCGGGGCGGCUGUGUCUAGCCGACGCCCUCGUCUACGCCCAGAACUUCUGGCCACGCCUCAUCGUGGACGUGGGGACGAUGACGAGCGACAUGAAGAAGUCGCUGGGGAAGGCGGCCAGUGGCGUUUUCAGCAACUCGGAGGCGCUGUGGGAGUACAUGCUGGCGGCGUCGAUGCAUACGGGGGACAGGGUGUGGAGGUUCCCCCUGUGGGAGCAUUUUACGCACUUGGUGGCGAGGCACCAUUCGGCAGUUGAUGUCAAGACUUAUGGGCGGGGCUUCAAGCCGAGGGAUGGGGAGGCGUGCCGAGUGGCGGCGUUUUUGAACGAGUUUGUCCCGUGUGGCGAUUGGCUGCAUAUGGAUACCUAUGGGGUGAUGUACAGCAACGGAUUGGAUUAUCCGUAUUUGAGGCGGGGCAUGAGUGGAAGGCCCACGAGGACGCUUGUGGAGUUCUUAUCGCAGCUUGUUUGCAACCGUGAAUAAAUUUUCAAUGUAUGAUAUUUACGAGAUUUUUUGUUUUUUUAUUUGGUAUAUGAACUGCUUCAACUCACCUGUAAUGUAAUUUACAAUAAACCAUUAAAGAUAUUUGA